AUGGAAAACGAUAUCUUGGAUUCUCUCGAGGAUCAUGGGUAUACUGGCCCUCUUCUUGAUGAACAUGCUCUGUCAGAGGCCGCGGAAGCGGGAGCCAAGUCUGUGGCUUUCACACAGCUGGUGGAGUGGCUGGUGACUCAGCUUGCCGCUUUCUGUAGCAUUGAUGAGAAGGUGUCUGCUAUACAAGGACCAAGUGAUUCCGAAAAUUUCUUGAUGGAACUGAGCGGCUUUCUGCGAGAGUUCUCCUGCCCUUAUGCUAACCUAACCGAAGGACCCAUAGAAGGAAGGCUGGCCUCUAGGAAAGCAUGUUUACAACUUCUAGAUUACUUGUUGGCUGAACUGGCAAGUGUGAAGAUGAUCGCGGUUAAAAACCCGGCCCUCCUGACCUCAUCCAAGACCUCCACAGACAUAACAGUGCCAACAGAAAGUGAUGUGGCCAGACAUAUGAGACUUAUGUUGAUGGCUUUGAAAAUUCCCAAGCCUUCCCCAAACAUCACAGCUUUCGAAAUUUUCAGCCAAGUAGAGAGCAAAUUGAAAGAACUGAUGUCAAAGUAUCCGGAUCAAGUCGGAAAGCCAUUGCUGAAAGCAAGACUGUCAGAAAAGCAGUGGGCUCAAGUACUAGCAAUAAAUGAGGUACUUUCGGAGGAAUACAGAAUCAGGCGAGAAAUGUUGCUGAAGAGGCUGGAUGUUACAAUCCAGUCAUUCAUGUGGUCAGACAAAGCUAAGAAAAAUGAGAACAAAAUAGCUGAGGUUUACCAACCAAUCAGGAGAACCUUAGUGGCAAAGACAAAUGUUGAUGUACCACAAAUACUUGCCGCAAGAGAUGACUUGACGAGGAUACAGAAGACCAGCAGUGGUGAGGCCAGGGAGAAGACAAAGUGUGCAAUAAACAGAGUACUCAUUGGACAG